AUGUUGCGAAAUUUAUGUGACGCCCCAUUGCCUAACACCAAUGAGGAUCCGGCUAAAUAUUUGCACUACAAUGGAACCAGAACAACUCCUGACUUACUCUUGGCUUCAAGCGGCAUCAGCGAGCAUACGCGCAGCAGAAUAAUUGACGAUCCUGGUUUUGGUCACAAACAAGUCAUUGCUAGUAUUAACAUCGGCAGCAAAAUCAUGUCAAGGAAAGCGCCAACUAGGCUAGCAUGGAACUUCAAGAAGGCUGACUGGUCUGGAUUCACAAACCUUUUAGACAAUGAACAUCACACAAGUCCACUAAACUUCAACCAACAUCCUGACAAACUUUGCACUACAAUCAAGAAUGUUAUGAUCAGAUGUGCAAAGAAAACUAUUCCCCGAGGCAAGACAAAACACUAUCGAGUGUUCUGGUCUAAAUACCUUGAGGAAGCUAAAAGAAAGCGGGACGCCCUUCGCAACACUGCUGAUCAGUACUGGAAGCGCGACGCCCUUCGCAACACUGCUGAUCAGACUGGAAGAACAAACGCCCUUCGCAACACUGCUGAUCUGACUGGAAGAACGGAGCGUACAAACCUGGAGACGACAAUCAGCUUUCAUCUCGAAUAUCAACUAUCAAACACUUCCUUCGACAAGUUCAUCUCAAAUAUCAACUAUCAAAGUGAUGACCAACGCACUUUCAAAUUUCUGAGAAACCUCCAAAACAAUCCAACGCACCAAUUCCUGGGUAACCUCCAAAACAACAGAGAAAGACCCACGAAGAGAACCAACGCUUUAAAACACACAAAAAAGAACCAAUACGCUUAA